AUGUUCCGCCGCGCCAGGUUUAAUGUGAAGCCCAACGUGAGACCGGGGGCGGCGGCGGCGGCGGCGAGGGGCAGCCACCCCAGGGGCAGCCCCAGCCCCUCAGGCGUCGCCGCGGCCCCGGACCCCGGUCCCCAGCCCGGCUCAGUAUCCGCCCCCUGCUCUUCUGAGGAUGCGGCUGCCUCGGCUCUCCCGUCGGGCGCUGCCGGAAGCCUGCAGCAGGACGACGGUAGCAGCCCCAGCCCCGAGGGAAAUGAAAAGACCAACGCUAGUGGUGAUGGAGAUUGUAGUAGACAUGCAGAGACACUUCUGCAGAGAAGAAAACGAAUAUCUACAAUGCCUAAUCUUGCUAAACCACGAGUUGCACCACUAUCCACACAACGUGUUGCCACUUCAGCAUCAAAAUGUUCUCAAAAACAAGUACCUCAUUCUCCUGUUAUUUGUAACCCUCCACUUCAGAAGGACUUGCCGCCUUCUGAGAAGAACAAUGUGGAGAAUUCCCCAAAGUCUCCCAUACUUCCUGAAAAGAAAACUCCUGUUCCCCAAGUACCACAAUUCUCUCCAUUCAAAAAGUCUGUAAGUAAAGAGCCGAAUGCAUGUGUAACAGGUCAAAGAAGCGACGAAGCCCUGCAGAAGAACACAUCCUCACCCCUCAAAGAGAGACCAACGCAGGAAAGUCUGAUUCAAGAAGAAAUACCACACUCAAAAUGUAUUCCAGGCAAAGAGAAAAGAAUAUGUUCCGAUCGUGAGAAAAUAAUCAAAGCUCAGAAGCUAAGGAAGAUGCUCAAGGAAGAGUUGAAGAAAGAGAAGCAACAACAGAAAUAUAAAUACCCAGUAAUUGAAAAAAGCAUGCCAGAAGAUCGUUCAAAAAUGGUUAUGAGGGACUUCAUAUACUAUCUGCCUGAAAACAAUCCAAUGAAAUCUUCACUGGUGGAAGAAAAGAAAUCCGAAAAGCCUUCUACAGUGACUCAAGCAAAAGAGCCUGAAAUCAUUCUUGAAAGCGAAAAUGAGGAAGAUGAGGAUGAAGAAGAAGGGGGAGAUGAUGAUGAUGGCCCUCUUCUUGUACCUCGGGUAAAGGUUGCGGAAGAUGGUUCAAUUAUUCUUGAUGAAGAAAGCUUAACUGUGGAAGUUUUAAGGACAAAAGGGCAAUGUGUGGUAGAAGAUAAUGAUCCCAUCUUUGAGCGUGGAUCCACAACAACCUACUCAAGUUUCAGGAGAAGCUAUUAUACCAAGCCAUGGUCAGAAAAAGAAACAGACAUGUUCUUCUUAGCUAUAAGUAUGGUAGGAACUGACUUCUCGAUGAUCAGUCAGCUUUUUCCUCACAGAGCAAGAACAGAGAUUAAGAAUAAAUUUAAACGUGAAGAAAAGGCCAAUGGAUGGCGAAUAGAUAAAGCAUUCAAAGAAAAAACGCCAUUUGACUUUGAUUUCUUUACAAAACUCCUUGAGAAGGUCCUGGAAAAUGAAAAGAGAAAAAAGGAUAAGGAUGCUAAAUGUCAGCAUCAAAAAGAAAAAAAUCCCAGUGAGAAAAAAACACUCAAGAAAAAGCGAAAAGCUAAAGUUGUCAAUGGACAAGCAAACCAUGGUCAGGAUGACCCGCAGAAUGCCAGAAUUUCUGAUGCAGAAAUGGAAGUGGACGCUGGCACAGCCGAAAAAGAGAACGAAGAAUCUCCUAGCAUUUUGGAACAGGCAGACGGGCAGACAGUUACUGAAUCAGUGAUGGUAAAAAAGAAGAGAAAAAGGAAGAAAAAGGAUUCUGAACAGGAGGCAGAGAAUCUUCCUGACGAAAGAACUAUUUCUGCAGAAGUGGCUGAGGGAGAAAAAACUAGAAAGAAAAGAAAAAAUCUACCAUCUAAUGUGGAGAUAAAUGGCACAGAAGAAAUUGGUGAGGAACUGGAAGUCCCUGAUGAAGAAACGCCUGCCAAAACUCUUCCAUCUGUUGAAGAAGACCCACAGGUGGAUGAAGAGACAGAGGGAGACCUUGGUUCAACUUUAUCUGGUAUUCAGAAAGGUAAUGAAUUCCUAGACAUUGAUUCUGGAGAAGCAGAUGAUUCAGAUGCGAGUUCUGAGCACCAUGUUGGGCAGCCUUCAGAGUCUCAGAUGUCUCUCAAAACAAAUAAAGAAGGUGUUGAAGAAAACAGUGCAGCGAAGAAUGAUGUAGCAGACUUAGAUCAACCAGAUGAAAAUACAGCCUUUCCAAGUUGUACUGAUGAGCUUAUGGAAACGGAUAGAGCAGCUAUUGAAAAGCCCACAGUGAAAGGACAGCUACAGAGACUUGCAUCAGAACCGUCAGAAGAAAAAGAACUUCCAGUUAAUGACACAUCUGAGGGCAAGAUUUCUCUUUCAGAGGUUCUGGUUGCUGCAGAAAAGAGUUCUGUGCAAGAUACGACUGCUAACAUAACUGGACCUACCAUAGAGCAAACAGACAGAGCAAGCAAUGAUGUGGCAAGUGAAUCCCAAGACACUCAAAAAGGUCCUGUAGUGAGAGGCCGUCGGCAGAAACCUAAACCUAAUAUAUUGAAAGUGUCCAGCAGAAAAGAAGCACCUCUCCGGGACAAGCCUGAAAAGCCAGAGGCUAAUGAAACAGUAGGAAAGAACAAUGACCAGCAUGAUGCACUCGGUAUCAUCGCAGAGGAGACUGCAGAAAAAGAUUGCCAAGUUUUAGAUACUGAAUCUCUGACUAGUAAGAAAUCACAAGAAAGCAGCAAGCAGGUUGUCUUGAAACCUGCGCCAUUAGCAAGGGGACGAAUACAGAGGCCCAAGCCAAAUUUAGGAAGGGUUGCUAGAAAGCCAGAAGAGCCAGCAAGAAACACGGAGGCAGAAGAAGAAAAGGCAACUGAUGCGGCCAUUGAAUCAUCUGAGAAGAUUCGGAUACAAGCUGAAUAUAACAGCCAUGAACUCCUAACUGUUACCACAGAGGCAGCUAGUUAUGAAGCUGACAUUCCCCACUGUGAUGUCUUAGAAGACAAAGCUGUUGCCAGUGCUGAGAAAGUGCUUUUGACACACACAAUCCAAUCUCCUGUAAAGGCACUCUUCGAAUGUGAGAGCCAUGAAUUUAAAAAUGUGUUUCCAUCAAGUGAUAAAGUGGAGGACGUGAAGGAUCUUGCUACCAGCGAUUCCAAUUUUGUACAAGAAGAAAAAGAAAAUUCUGCUGAAGUAGAGCCAUCUUUGAAAAGUCUAAAGGAGAACACAGAAAAGGCGGCAGAAACAGAGGAAUUAAUGCAAGCAGAAAAAGAAAUGCUUACAAAUGAACAUAAGACUGACUCUAGAGAAAAUACCAGGAGUGAAGGCAGCAAGUCCUCUAAUCUGGGUGAAACUAUAGCAUGCGUAAUCCUGCCACCGUCACUUUUGUCAGAGGGGAACUCUGCAGAUACUCAAGAAGCAGCUGCAACAAAUGAGACCGACUUGUCUCCCCCAAGCCAUUCUGACUUCAAAAGUAGUGAUCCAAGUGAAGUUUUAUCAUCCCCAGAUAUCCAAGAAAAGAUUACAGUUGGCAAACAGAGCACUGUUCCGCCAACACCUUUUCUCAGAGGCAGAUUCCAGAGACCGAAACCUAACAUAGGAAGGGCAGUUGGAAGGAAAGAAACACCAUCUCUAGGAAAUGAAGCAGCAGCAGCAGCUGGAACUGAGAAAUCAGAACUGCAGAAACAUGGACCUUCCAGAACUCUCCCUGCAGUACCUCAGUUAAAGAGUGACAGAAAAAAAUUACCUGCUGAAGGCUUGGAGAACAGAUUGGUAGACAUGGAGAAAGUGAUUCAGGAAGACCCUCAAGCACCCAGUACCUCUCAGAAUAUUUCAGAUCAAUAUCCCAGGGAAAAACCAACUUCCCAAGAGAAUAAGCCAUGUACUAUCAAACCAGCUCAGCUGGUGAGAGGUCGAUUCCAGAGAGUCAGGCCGAACCUUGGAAGAAUGAAUGACAAGAAAGAAGACCCUGUGUCAGAGAGCGUUACUGCUCUAAUUGAGGGAGACAUAGAAAAAACAGAGAUGACCAAGGAAAGCGAUCUGCACCCGCCUUCAGAGAAUAAUGUCAAUGUCCAGGCAUCCCUUGGUGAUCUGGAGAAAAAAGAACUGUCAGAAUCCAGUGAAGCCCCAUCACCCGAAAGGUAUAUUUAUCAGCAGAAAAUUGAUUGUCCUGAGAAGCCACAGGGAUGCGAACUUCCAAAAGACCAAAAAGAAAUGUUUGUUUCUAAAGAUGUUGAAGGAAAGUGUCUGGAUCGCCCAGAAAGUGAUAUCUCUGGUGCUCAUGAAGCGAGUCUUUCAAAAAGCAUAAAAUCCACACAGCUGUUGAGGGGUCCUCUUCAGAAGCCAAAACCAAACCUAGCCCAAGCAGCUAAAAAGAAAAAAGCCUCUUCAAAAGGAGAAGUCAGCACCAAAGAGAAAACUGGAAGCAAUACACAAAGCAACACAACCCCAAGCGACAGCAAAUCUGGGAAAACACCCACAUUAAUGCACAAUUCCACGUCAUCUUCUGAAUCAAGACAAAGAAAUCACAUAGAUAGUAUUGAGACGAUGUCCCCAACAGGACACGGGCACUCUGGAAAAUGUGAUUCCUCAGAACAGUCCCCUUGGAGUGGAAGUCAAAUCAAGAAAGAAACCUCUAAGGCCCAUUCUGUCCAGGAGAGAGCAUCUCAAAGAAUAAAAGGAAAACAAGCGGGAAGGACAGUGAAACAGAGGAAAAAUAUAAGUGGAUCAAUAACACCUUUCACUUCCGAAUGUGAGAAUGACCUAAGUGAAAAGGGGAAACACUACCAAAAGGGGAAACCAAAUGUUGGUAGAGGCAGAAGUUCAAAACCAGUCCUUCGCAAGAAUGCUAAAAAGGAAUAUGGGAAUUCAAAGGUCAACCUGGUGACUCUUAGAGCUUCUUCUCAGCAAGAGGAUGAUGAUGACGAUGAUGGGGAUGACUUUGAGCCAGACUAUGAAGUUGAAUGCUUUUCACCAGAGGAAGUAAACAAAGCUCCAGUGUUUGUUCCUAAAGGGCUUCGAUCUCCAAAUCCAGUUCCUGUUCAGAUUGAGGAAACAAUGGAAGAGCUUGAGAUAUAUGAGAAUGUUGCGGAUGAGCCAUUUCUGUCUCACGAACUGAAUGUAGAUGCUCAGCCUGUAAUUCAGACAGACAAAGGAUUGUAUUCCUCACAAAAUGUGGUUGCACAAGAGGAUCAAGAAAAGAAAGCAGGGAUUAGUGAUGGAAGUACCGAAGCAGCCAUGACUUUACUUGCUAUGAGAGAUCCAGUGUUCCAGUUAAACAUUGGCAUCCAAGAACAAAAAAUUCAGGAGUUUCCCAGUAAAGAUGAAAUGAAUGUUACUGAUAGCUUCUCAAAUGAGUGUAACGAAGAGCAAAGUGUAGUCCAUUGUCAUAUGCAACAUCCUGCCCCUUCAGAAAAUGAAUCGCUUUCUUCGGUCAGUGCAAACGUAACUGCUGCAGAGGAUCAUAUUGUUGAAGCAUCAGGCUUGGAACUUUACUUACAGGAAGCAACUAAUGUAUCACUUUCAAAAAAUACGAAUAAAGCUGCUGCACAGCAUUGCAGCACAUCAGUUUUGGAAGCAUGCUCAGAGGAAACAACUAGAAUCAGCAGUGAUUUACUGUCAUCCAAAGGAGAUCAAUCAUCCAAACAAGCAAGAUAUAGAUUUCCUAAGCCUAAACCAAAUCUCAACAGAAGUCUGAGGCUGAGCAAGAAUGCUUCUCAAAAAUAUGUUGAUCCGUGUAUUGAACAAUCUGAAGAAAUCCAGAAUGAAAAGAAGGUGUCAGACAAUGCAAUAGAAGAGCAGAAAGUUGAACUGGAAAAGAAUCUCAAAUUGAAUGAGCUAACUAAGAGCAGCUCUGCAGAGAAGCAUAAUCUACAGCUUCCAAGUUCUGGUCCAGCCAUGCAGAAAGACAACAUAGAAAGAGACAACACGGCGAGAGAGACUUGGGAAGUUGCAUCACUGUUAACUGCUCCAGAAGUUUCUCCAGAAGCAGACCCUCCUGAAACACCCGGUGGCUGCAGCACAAACAUCAGUGGCCAAGUUUCUGCUCCUGCUGAGCACCAGUUGUUGGCAAUUGAACCUGCACAGACUGAAGCAGCCAAGUGUUCCAGUAUUUCAUCCACCACAGAGAUGACAGCAGUAGUUAGUGCUGGAGUUGAAGAAUAUCCGAAGGGAGAGGAGCCAACCUUCAUUUUAACAUUGGUGGAAAUCUCCGUUGGUUCAGAGAAUUGCAGUGACGGAUCCGGUUUGCUACAACAAACGUCUGAACAGCUGCUUCCAGCACCAGUUUUUUUUACCCCAGACAAUCUGAACUCCACAGAAGUGGCAAGAGAAGAUGACUUUGGAUCCGUAACAGCUGCUGUUGAAGAAAAUGCUGUCUCUUUGGACAACAGUGCGAGGGCAGAAGGAUUGCUGGAAGCCUCGUUGGAACAAUUGGCAGAGCUUGGUUCAACCUCUUGGCGGAAUCUGAAAAGGCAUGCUGAAGCCCUUGAAGAAAGCGGGAAUGCCCCUGAGAAGAAAAAACUGUCUUCUCCCAUAGGGGAAAACCUGGAAAGCACCAAUAAGGGCACCACUAUGAAAUCAAGUUGUAUACCAAGGAAAGCUGCUGGGAAAAAGUCAGGAAAAUCGAACAUUUCAAAGAAGAAAACCACCUCCACCUCUAGACCAGUACCUAAAUCUACGGAGGUAAAAGUAAUGGAAAGAGAGAACCCUCAAUCUUCUCUGAAUUUAGGAGCUGGGCUCCUUGAUGAAGCAGCUGCUACUGGUGACCAAGUGUCAAGGACACUCCAUGCAAGAAAAUCAGAAACAAGUGAAAAACAGAAAAACUCAGUUGAAACCUGUAAAUCUGUACAAUCAGAGCAAGCUGGAGGCACAGCAGUCAUUCCAAAACCACAAUUAUCCAGGUCAUAUAAAAGAUCUCUGGGAUUUUUACCUUUAAUUUGCAAAAAUAAUAAUAGUGAUGAUGAAGUAACUAGUAAAGGGAGUAAACAGCCUCUCCAGGAACCUCAUAUAUUGGUCUCUGAAAGCACUGUUGAAUUUCCAAAGUUGUCCUCAAACAACAAGGAAGAUACUCAAGAAAAUAGUUCGUUUCCAUCAACCUCUAACUGUGAGAAUGGAAGCUCCUCUACUGUUCAGAUUUUAUCUGAGAUAUCUGAAAAGGAAGGUAUUACUAAGGAGCCGGAAAAAGAAGAAGAACCAACCAGGAUCUCAGAAUAUUUCUUUAGUGAUAUUUUUAUGGAGGUGGAUGAUUCAGAAUAACUGAGGAGCUUAUCAAAUGCCUGGCAUCCAAGAAUGCAUUGUAGCAGUAAUGUAAUGCCUUUGACUAGUCACAAGUUUUCAGUUGGCCCUUACAUUUAAUGCAGGAUUAUUUUUCUUUUACUAUGAAUAAUCUAUCAUUUGGAAACACUGAAGAAAACACAAGUCUCUUAAGUUCCAAGAUACUCGCAAGAACAGCACCAGAUCUGUGUUUUAUUUUGGUACAAGUAGUUUCUAGAUGCAUGGCUACACUGGAGAAAUGCCAUGAAGAAUGAGCAGACACCAUCUAAAGAUAAUGCUCAUGUUUGUGGGGGCUGUAAAUUAUCUUUACUUCUUUUUGUGAAGUAAAUGUUUAUGGGAUGCGGAUCAUAAAAUAAGCCAAGUUCUGAUUUUAGUCAUCUUAUUAAUCUUAUUAUUUUAUAACAAAUGCCUAUGUGAAUUUGUUCAAAAAUGUAAUGUUUAAUUUCUUUUCAAUGUACAGAGAUAAACGUGAAAAAAAUAUUUAUUUAAGUUGAAUGUAUAGAAAUUUUAACUAUGCCAAGUUAGUUCUGUCCUGGAGAUAAAAGAGGAAUUGAAUAUUACUCAUCUUCUAAGCACUAAAUUUUAAAUGAAAAAGCUAAAAACAAUGAAAAGCAUAAAACAACCCAUCAAACACCCACUGACAAGGAGGAAUUGGAUGUUCAAGAAUAAGAUCAGCACCAAAAUAUAAAAGGAUAAUAUAUCAUGAUUAUUACUGGUUCCCUCCCCCACUUUUGUUACCAGUUUAGAUUUUUGACUCUUAUCCUUCCCUGUUUAUAGCCUUGGUUGGCGAUGAUUUUGCUAAAAGGCACAACUUCCAUGCGACAUUUUUGGGGAAACCUGUCUAAAUCAGUUGUGCUCAUUCUGAGAAAGGUGUCCUAUUUUCUCUGCAUUUUUCUUGAACCUAGUGAUUUGGAUACCAAAUAUUGCUCAUCUCCUUUACUACAAUUAGCAAUUGAAUAUAACUUUAUUCUACAUUUCCCCAUAAAUAUUAAUAUUUGCAAAUACUUGGAAGUAGUUGUUCUCAUUUGCAAUUGUCCAACUAAGCAUACAAUUUUGUAGCUGUUUCUCUUUCCCAAAUCAUCUGGUUUGUGACAUAUAUCAUCCCAAAACAAAAUUACUUAUGUUAUUAAAUUGGAUAAUAGAAGCAUUAAAAUACUCUUCACUUUUUCUAAAGGUGUAUCAUAUAGUUAUCAGUAGCAAAUCAGUGGAUGUCCACUAAGUGUGUCAGUUCUCCGCCAGAACAAACACUGUCCAAAUUCUAUCCAAAUCUGCUCAAGUAGGUUGGACUAUCCUCUGGAGCAGAUUUGGGCAGGUGAAGUCGAAAAGAAAAGAAGGGAAACUCAAUUGCACAAGUAAAUGUCCAUUCACACGAUUGCAUGUUGCCCAGUAUUUUAAUUUUCAAACUAACAAGUCUAUAUUUGGCUGCUGGUUUGAGCAUUUGAAUUUUGUUUCAAUUCUGUCAUAUCUGAAGCCCUAAAUAGAACAACAACAAAAAAAGAGCGCCAAAUAAAUGUGAAUAAUUUACCAAAUAUAAAUUUAGAUCAACAGACUCAGAGAAAGUGGAAUCCGUUCCAGUAUGCUGUUACUUCAUGUUAAUCACAUGGAGGAGAUAUAAUGUACUCUCAAAUUAUGUACACUCAAGAGGCUGCUGAAAUAAUGAAAUACGUUUUUAUGUAAUUUGCUGGAAUUGUUUUAAAUUACAAAACAAAACUAAUUGUUUUUUAGAAAUCACAUAAAAAGCUCAGCUAGAAGGUGCCUUAUCUUUCCUUGCUAAAUGGAAAGAACAAUCGAUCCUAUUAGCUUUCACUGUAAACCAUGUUUUCUUGGUUAUCCCUUUUAAACGUCUUUAAAACAUGCAUAUUUCUUUCAUGAGUAUUGUAUAUAUUUAAUGACAGAAGGGAACUAAAUAUGCUGGGUUCAGAAACAGAGCAUUUCAUUUGCAUAAAAAUAUGAUAAGGGGUUGUUGUCCUGGAAAGUGUGACACACUUUUUUUUUCUCAACUGUGUGUAAUGUUCCUGUGGAAGCUUUCUAUUUCAAAGAAAGCGCUAGUAGCGCUUGUGUUAUAUAUGUAAAUUAUGUGAAUAAAUAAUUUUGUACCACUGAA